CUGAACCAUGUGCUGGAGCAUUCUUUUACAAGCCGUUAUAGUUUGGAUUACUUGAGUCCCUUUCUUGCACCUGAAUUCGCUUUUAUUUGCCUUUCCGGCCUUCGACAAGGCUCUGCCUGUCUUGAUAUCCCCCUAUUUUCUAAGGUCCGGCAAAUUUGAAUGUUCAUAUAGCUACAUAUAUUUACCUAGAUCUCGAGGGGACCCCGACAUCUAACCGGCAAAAUGGAGUCUUCCUGGGACUGUACUCUAGAAACCUGCCCGAUUGAAUAUGCCGUGUUUGGCUACCGUCCGUCGCUUCCAGCAAAUAUCAUUUUCACCGCUCUCUUUGGCCUCUGUGCGCUCACCCAGGUGGCUGAAAUGGGCAUAUUUCGAAGCUAUACGUUCUCCAUACCUGUUAUACUCGGCGGUAUAUGUGAAGUGGUGGGAUACGUGGGGCGUAUAUUGCUCUACGAUAAUCCCUUUAGUCAGGAUGCCUUUCUUAUACAAAUAUGUUGCCUCACAAUCGCACCUGCAUUCUAUUCAGCCGCGAUAUAUUUCUGCAUUGCGGAUAUUGUUAAACUGCUUGGGCCUGAAGCGUCCCGACUGAAGCCACACCACUACGCUUGGAUAUUCAUACCAUGCGACGUGAUCAGUUUGAUUCUACAGGGUGCCGGAGGAGGGAUCGCCAGCGUAGCAUCCCAAGAGAACGAAGACCCCACCACUGGGACGAAUGUUAUGGUCGCCGGACUGGUAUUUCAAGUCUUCAGCCUUCUCAUGUUCAUUCUUCUCACCUUGGAGUUCCUCUGGCGGGUUCGAAACAAGCGACCAAAGAGCAUUAGCGACGAAAGUAUUAAGGAGAAAUCGUCAUCGAGACAUCAGAAAUUCCUGCUUUUUGGAAUUCCGUUUGCUCUUGCUAUCCUGUGCAUCUUUAUUCGAUGCGCGUUCCGGGUCGCAGAAUUGAGCAACGGCUGGACUGGCGAACUGAUCAAACACGAAGAUACCUUUAUCGCGUUAGAAGGAGCGAUGAUUGCGGUUUCCGCGGUUGCGCUUAACAUUUCACAUCCAAAACUCCUUUCGUCCUAGGCGUCGUGUGUUGUUUGUGGGCUUGGAAAAUUGGUUUUGUAGCUUUUGCGCUUGACUAGCAUGAAUGGAAUUAUGCAUACCUGGAGAAAAUAUAAUUAGAUGCAUUGGUACGAAUUUCGAAUAGUUUUUCAUACGAAAAUUCAAAAAGGAUGGUAAUAAUGGCGUUAUGGAAUGCAUGAUCUGGACGCUCUAAUAAUUGCUGGCAAUGGCGCUUUUUGUUUUAUAGUUGCAUGCACGAUAACUUGCAAGGCCCGGACCUUGCUGACUCAGCCAUAGCGUCACCUCGGGAAGGCCAG